AUGGAAUUCAUGGGCCUACAGCAAGGGGAAAUGACAGUGAGGGAAUACGAAGCUAGGUUCAAUGAACUGUCCCGUUUUGCUCCCUCCUUGAUUGAAUCAGAGCGCAUGAAGUGCCUAAAGUUUGAAAAAGGUCUUAAGGGUGUGAUCCAAAAAUCAGUGGUAGCUUUAAGGCAUCGAGUCUAUAGUGACUUGGUUGCAGCAGCCAUCUCUGUUGAACAAGAGCACAUCGCCUUUCUCCAGGAUCGAGAAGCUUCAGGAAGAACUUCAGGAGGACCUCAAAGGAGUAACCGAAAAAGCCGUGAUCAGGGGCAAGGUAGUGGGGGAGUGCCUAGUGGUAGCAGUGGCUCUUCGGGAAGUGGGAAGAGUAGACCCUAUAGCUUCAAGUGCCACCAUUGUGGGGAGCUAGGGCAUAUCUGUUGGUCUCUAGAUCGAAUCCGGCUGCGGAAGCGUGGUGGUGCGAGGAAGGGCGGAUCGU